GGCCAGCGACAACGAGAUUAUGGACUUUACGCAUCUUGAUAAUCCGAUGAUGGUUCUUGGCGGGGGUCAUCGAGUUUAUAUAUCGCGCUCGAGAAUGUGAAAGGGAAAGAUAAGUUUUUAUCUACAUAAAGACAAUAUCAAAAUAUCAGUUCAGGUGCCUUGGGAAAAUAAAUAAACAGUAUCUUCUACUUCAAUUGAUCUCGGAUCCCUUACGCAAACUUCACCAUGUCUUCAACAGAUUUCCCCCUUCCAGCUAGCAUGCGGGCGCUCCACGCUGAAGCCCAAGGUCAACCUCUCACUGUCAAGACCGUUGCCACACCCCAGCCUGGUCCUGGAAGUCUCGUCGUCAAAGUUCUCGCUGUGAGCAUUGAGCCCGACAUUCAAGAACUCAUCGAUGGAAAAAUUCCUUACUUGUAUACACCCACACCUUUCACUCCCUGCGGUCGUGCAGUCGGUCGCGUUGCAGCCAUCGGUCCAGAUACUACCACUUUGUCUAUCGGCCAGCUUGUGACUAUAGAGCCAUUUGUUCGAGGUCGGGAUAACUCGGAUGUCAAAGCUCUAUGGGGUCUUGGUGUAUUUGGAGAAGACCCCAAAGCGAAAAAGCUCAUCGAGUUUUGGCGUGAUGGCUCGUUAGCUGAGUACGUGAAGACACCGCUCGAAAACGUUUAUGCACUGAAUGAGAAACGUCUCUUGGGAAGUCCAGCAGAAGGAGGUCUUGGUUAUUCUCUCGGAGAUCUUUCACUUCUUGCUCGGUAUCUGGUACCUUAUGGAGGAUUUAGAGGAAUCGAUCUCAAAGCCGGAGAAACGGUCAUUGUGGCACCUGCCACCGGUUUGUUUAGCAGCGCUGCUGUAGAACUAGCGUCAGCAAUGGGCGCACGUGUCAUUGCUGUCGGUAGGAACUUGUCAAAAUUACAGAAACUUGCGGCGGCAAAUGAACGCGUUGAGAUUAUACAGACUUCUGGCAAUUUUGAGGAAGAUCUUGCGAAAACCAAAGCUUUGGGCCCGAUUGACGCAUACAUGGAUUUGUCCCCCCCCCAAGCAAACGGGUCCAGUUACAUCAGAGCUUGUUUGAUGUCAUUGAGAGAUUACGGAAGAGCGUCAUUGAUGGGGGUGACCACUAAUGAUAUUGAUAUUCCAUAUAUGAUUGCAGUCAUGAAUAACCUUACGAUUCGGGGACAGUAUAUGUAUGAGAGGGAGGACGUAAAAGGACUUAUCAAACUCGUUGAAAGUGGAUUGUUGAAACUCGGAAAAGUAGGUGGCAUGGAAAUUGUGGGCGAAUUUUCAAUUGAGCAGUGGGAUGAGGGUAUCAAGGCUGUUGCUCAGAAUUCUGAGCCUGGAAAAAUGGCCGUUAUGUAUUUUUAGUUUGGAGGCCUGUGGGAGAUAAUUCUUGCUUAAGUUUUGUGUGUUAUUAAUUUAUCCCUCCCGCCAGACAGUUGAGUCGCGGUCUAUUUUGAAAACGCUUUCAACAUUCUCAGUGUUAGUAUUUGUCGCCCAAUUAGAUUUGUUACAUGGAUUGAGAUAAAUUCGGGGAAAUUUUAUUGUUAAACUA